AAGAGUCGCGGCCGAUCGGCUACCAGCACAAAGGUAUUCGUCGGGAGUCUACCGCCCAGCGUAACCACCGACGACCUGAGGAAACUAUUCGAACCGUACGGGGCCAUCUCGGAAUGCGACAUCGCCAAUCGAUGCGGCUUCCUCCACUUGGAGGACCCCGAUCUCGCCAACAGGGCCAUAUCCGAACUAAACGGCGUCGAUUUCAUGGGCGCCAAAAUAUCGGUCGAAAAGGGCCGCGUGAAGCCCCGCAGGGGCGCCCCCCGAGGCGGUAGAGAUCGCGGCGGAGGCGCCGGUCCGUACUCCAGAGGCGGAGGCGGCGAGUUCAGAGGCCGCAACGGCGGCUUCGGCCGGGACUUCGCCCCCUACCGAGGCGGUUACGAGCGACGCGGCGGCGGUUACGGCGGCGACCGAGGCGGUUACGACGAACGCAGGAAUAUACCGGUGACCGGUUACGACGACCGAAGGCCAGCGCCGGGGGCUUUCGAUCGAAGAGGACCGGUCGGUUACGAUCGCGGGGCUCCCCCGCCGCCUACCGGCUACGACGACAGACGGGACACUUACGGUGGAAGCGGAGCGGUCGGUUACGGAGCGGGAGGUUACGACAGAAGCGCCGAAGGUUACGAUAGAGGGGCUCCCAUGUACGAUCGAAACGCCUACGAUGAUCGAAGACCUCCUAUGGGCGGCGGUUACGAUGAUAGAAGAGGCGGAGGUGGCGAUCUCUACAGUCGACGGGACGGUAGUGGUGUGAUUAAAGGAGGUUAUGCUGCUCCGGCGAACGGUUACAGCAACGGUCCACCUUCGUAUAACACCGGCGCAGUCGGAGACGGUUACGGAGUUCAAAUGGGCGGUGGAUACGGUACCGGCAACGGGGCCAACGGGAGCGGAAGUUACAGCGGUAACGCCACCGGAGGGUACAGUAGUAGCGGAGGUUAUGUGGAUAGUGUGCCAACGGGCGGUGGUUACGGGAGCGAUAUUAGCGGAUACGGUGGAGCUUCGACGGUCGGUUAUCAAGAUCGCGGUUACGGGAGCGGGAACGUGGGCGAGCCGAUGGGUUACGGAGAUUCGUACGGGGCACCGCCCGCUGUGGCCCCUGUUGGAGGAAGGAGUGGAUACGAUUCGGCCUAUCCUCCGUUACCGCAACAAAGGGGUUUUGAUGGCGGACCAGGCCCUAGAAGAGACGGACAUCCGGGCCCACGAUAUUAAGGCAUUUAAAUUUAAUCGCAAAAUUUGAUACCUAGUUAGGGAUCUUUUUUUUUACUAGCGAAGUACGAAACAGUAGUAAUUUUUGUGCGUGCUUAUUUCUCAUUCAUAAAGCGUCUAAAAUAUCGCAUAUACAUAAAUAGUAGUAACGCAAUAUCGCGAUUUUAAUUUCAGUAAUAUUACUAUAAGUGUUUAGUAAACAGUUGUUAGGUUUACGCCUUUUUUUUGAAAAGUUUUUUGAAAU